ACCGGCCGCGCGCACGUACCGGGGAGACCGUGCGCGCGAGCGCCGCAGUCUUUGCGUCACACCAGAGGGAGGACACGUAACGGUCCGCAAAGAUAGAGCUAGUCUGCUCCCUUUCUUUCCACCCCAAACUCAGUUCAUUUGAGAAGGCCCCAAACUAUUGACCCCUGCACCGUGCGGACACAGACGACCAAAUUCCGAGAUGGUGUUCAGAGGCACAAUAACAGAUGCUCCCAAUUCGAAUCCCGGCGCCGAUGCCGAGGCGCUCUACAAUGCAAUGAAGGGCAUAGGCAGCGAUAAAGAAGCCAUCUUGGAUCUGAUCACGUCUCGCAGCAAUGCUCAGAGACAGGAAAUCAUUGCGGCGUACAAGUGUACCUAUGGAAAGGAUCUUAUUGAGGAUCUGAAAUAUGAGCUGACGGGUAAAUUUGAGCGUCUCAUUGUGAGUCUGAUGAGAACACCACCCUACCACGAUGCCAAAGAAAUAAAGGAUGCACUCAAAGGAGCUGGAACCAACGAGAAAAGCUUGAUUGAAAUUUUGGCAUCAAGAAACAAUAAACAAAUUCAUGACAUGGUUCAAGCAUACAAGGAUGCCUAUGGCACAAACAUGGAGGAAGACAUCAUAGGGGACACUUCAGGUCACUUUAAGAAGAUGCUGGUUGUUUUACUUCAGGGGACCAGAGAUGAGUCGGGAGUUGUGAAUGCAGAUCUGGUGGAGCAAGAUGCACAAGACCUCUAUGCCGCUGGCGAAGAGCAGUGGGGGACGGACGAGGCAAAAUUCAUCAUGAUACUGGGAAACCGCAGCGUGACCCACCUCCGCAUGGUUUUCGAUGCGUACGAGAAGAUUGGAGAGAAAUCCAUCGAACAAAGCAUCAAGAGUGAGCUGUCCGGGGACUUCGAGAGACUAAUGCUUGCUGUUGUCCAGUGCAUACGUAGUGUUCCAAUGUUCUUUGCCAAACGCCUUUACAAGUCAAUGAAGGGUCUCGGUACAGAUGACAACACCCUGAUAAGGAUCAUGAUUUGCCGCGCUGAAAUAGACAUGUUGGACAUCCGAGAGUGUUUCAGGCUCGGAUAUGAAAAAUCACUUUACAACAUGAUCAAGGACGACACAUCAGGCGAUUACAAGAAGACUCUGUUGAAUCUAUGCGGAGGUGAUGAUGAUUUAGCCGGAGAGUUCUUCCCUGAAGCAGCUCAGAUAGCCUACAAGAUGUGGGAAACAAGUUCCAUGACCAAAGUCAAGCUGAGGCCAACAGUUUUCCCCUAUUCCAACUUUGACCCUGCAGCUGAUGCGCAGGCUUUAAGAAAAGCCAUGAAAGGAUUUGGAACAGAUGAAGAUGCAAUUAUAGACAUCGUUGCACAUAGAAGCAAUGCACAGAGACAAGAGAUUAGACAGACUUUCAAAUCACUACUGGGAAGGGAUCUGAUGAAGGACCUCAAGUCUGAACUGUCAAAGAACUUGGAGAGACUGAUCAUUGGUCUCAUGUUGACCCCUGCUGAGUUUGAUGCCAAAAUGAUGAUGAAAGCCAUAGAGGGCGCUGGCACAGAUGAACACGCGCUGAUUGAGAUUCUGGUCACCAGGAACAAUGAAGAAAUACAAGCCAUGAAUGCUGCCGUUCAGGAAGCUUACAAGCAAUCUUUAGAGACAGCGAUUCAAUCGGACACAUCAGGUCACUUCUGCCGCAUCCUGGUUUCUCUCGUGCAGGGUGCAAGAGAAGAUGGCCCUGCAGAUUAUGAAAGAGCAAAUACUGAUGCUCAGGAACUUGCUGAUGCAUGUAACGCCGAUUCUGAUGACAGGGUGAUGAAGUUCAUGAGUGUUUUGUGCACCAGGAGCUUCCCUCAUCUAAGGAAAGUUUUCCAAGAGUUUGUCCGGUUCUCCAAUAAGGACAUUGAACAGAUCAUCAAGAAGGAUAUGUCGGGAGACGUUAAAAAUGCCUUUUAUGCCAUAGUCCGCAGUGUGAAGAACCAGCCUUCUUAUUUUGCAGACCGAUUGUACAAAGCCAUGAAGGGUCUCGGCACAGAUGACAGAGCGUUGAUCCGCAUCAUGGUGUCCCGAAGUGAGAUUGACCUUUUCAACAUUCGCAAAGAAUUUAAAGAAACACAAGACACCUCUUUGCAUGAAUUCAUCAAGGUAGAGACGAUGAUCGGCGACACUUCAGGAGAUUAUCGCAAAACCCUGCUGGUGCUGUGCGGAGGGGAGGAUGAAUGAUGGCACAUCUCCGCACACAUCACAUCACAGUGAAAAUGCAGUGGUCUGCCAAACUGUAUGUCAUAAAUGCCAUAACAUUUUUUAUUUGAAGAUAUUUGAAGGCACAACAGCGCUUCCCAGGACACAGCCAAUGAAUCGAAUGAAAUAAAAUGACUAUCACCUGGUAGUCUUGUACCAUACAAA